GGUCUUGGGGGCGGGUUCCUCAUGACCUACUAUGACCGGUCAACAGGGAAGGCCUACUCUUUAAUGCAGGGAAAGUGCGCCGUCAGAAGCUUACGAGGACAUGUAUGGCGGGGACGCGGAAUUAGCUCAGAAAGCUAAAGGAAAAUGGUGGGCAACAAAAAAACCCAGUUUGAAAGGAGGGCUUGCUGUGGCUGUCCCUGGAGAACUCCGAGGAUACCUGAUGUAUGAGAGAUUCGGUGGAAAUCUACCAUGGGCUGAACUCCUAGAACCCACCAUCAAGCUCUGCGAAGAUGGGCAUCUCGUCAACUGGCACAUGGCUCGUGCUCUGAAGUUCAAUGCGGAGGAUAUCAAAAAGGAACCAAGCAUGAGUGUCUUUAUUAACCCUGAGACUGGCGAUGUGUACAAGGAGGGAGACACGCUGAAGAGGCCCCAGCUUGCUAAGACCCUGAGAGACCUGCAGCAGGACCCCGAUGCUCUAUAUAGUGGUCAGUUGGCGUCUAAGCUGGCUCAGGAUAUCCAGAGCUUCGGGGGCAUUGUCACUGAGGAGGACCUCAGGAUGUACAAGCCUGUGUGGAAGGAAGCCAUGAACAUUACACUGCAGCAUGGCCAGAUAAGUAUGUUCUCUGUGCCCCCUGGCUCGGGUCUCAUUCUGGGCUUCAUUCUCAACAUCCUGGAUGAAUAUGGACUUACCCCAGAGAGCAUUGAUGACUCCAAUAUUGUCCUGACUCACCAUCGCAUCACAGAGGCUAUGAAGUGGGCCUAUGCCAAGAGGACUGAGCUUGGAGAUGCCGACUUUGUAGAUAUGAGUGGGCUUACCAAAAACCUGACCUCAGAUGACUACGCAGCAUACAUUCAUAGCCAGAUUACUGAUGACCGCACAUUCCAAGACCCUGAGCACUAUGGAGCAGUCACAGCAGACCCAGAUGACCAUGGAACAGCACAUUUCUCUUUGCUUGCCCCCAAUGGUGAUGCUGUCUCGGUUACUAGCACAGUCAACCUGUACUUUGGUGCAGGAAUCCGUUCUGUUCAAACUGGCAUAGUCCUUAAUGACGAAAUGGAUGACUUCUGCCCAAACAUCACAAAUUACUUUGGGAUUCCUCCUUCACCUGCCAACUUUAUUAGGCCAGGCAAGCGGCCAUUGUCAUCCAUGUGUCCAGCAGUGUUUGUAGACUCGAAGGGCGAUGUGCGUCUUAUCAUUGGUGCUGCAGGGGGAACCAAGAUUUCCUCUGGAGUGGCUUGGGCAUCUCUUCGUAACCUUUGGUUUGGGGACAACAUCAAAGAAGCUGUUGAUGCUCGCAGAAUCCACCACCAACUCUUCCCCAUGACAUUCAGCUAUGAGCAAGGAAUUCUGCCGAAAAUCGUUGAAGGUCUCCAAACCAUUGGUCAUGUAACAGAAGAGUUUGGAAUUGGAGGAUCUGUGGUUUGUGCCAUCGCAAGGGGAGAUAAUGGGAAAAUUUACGCCAACUCUGAUUUUAGAAAAGCAGGCGAAGUUGACGGGUUUUAGAGUUACAACUUUUAAUUAAAGAAACACAAUUUUUAGCAGUAGAACUAUUGGGCAGAUUUUAUACAUGUUAGUAGAAUUAUUCAGUUUUUAGCUAUUUAAAAGUUUUUUUUUCUCUCUCUCUCUCUCUCUCUCUCUCUCUUCCUCUCUCUCUCUCUCUCUCUCUCUCUCUCUCUCUCUCUCUCUCUCUCUCUCUCUCUCUCUCUCUCUAUUUAACUGUUUUGCUUGAUAGUUUUCUUUUUGAAAAAGAAUUCGCUCUCCAGGAUGUCACAUAUUUUAGCAUUUUAGCAUACUUUUGUGUUAAUGUAAAAUUGUUGCUCAGUAUUUUCUAUGUCAAUUCUCAGUAUAUAAUAAUAAUAUAUUACAGCACUUGACCACUCAGAUGUCAACAGGUGAUGUUAUUGAUAGAGAAUAUGCUUGUAUUUUUUAUGUGCUUAAAUGAACUUGUUUUAGUUGCAGUAGAUUCAAAUAUUUAUCAUAGUAGUACAAAAAUACACCUUCUUUUACUUUCUUCAAGCAUUUAAAAGACUUGACAGAU